AUGGGAAAUAAAGCGAGUGGUAAGGGCAAAAAAGAUCCGACUAUAUUAACUGAUGAAGAUCUAACAAAAUUAAAAUUAAAUACACAAUAUACAGAAGAAGAAAUUCAAGCAUGGCAUACAGGUUUCCUUAAAGAUUGUCCAUCGGGUAAACUAGAUAAGAAACAAUUUCUUAAUGUUUAUAAGAAAUUUUAUCCGGAGGGUAAAGCUGAUAAAUAUUGUAAUUUUGUAUUUAAAGCAUUUGAUACAGACAAUAAUAAUUGGAUUGAUUUCACUGAAUUCUUAUAUGCUGUUGGUGUAUCUCAACAUGGAAAUCUUGAAGAAAAAUUAAAAAUGGCUUUUGAUAUUUAUGAUCAAAAUAAAGACGGACAAAUAAAUCGUAAAGAUAUGAUUAAAAUAAUCGAAGCUAUGUACGAUUUAGCCAACGAAGAAGAUCGCACUGGUGAUAAAGCACCUGAUAAACGUGUUGAUCUUAUUAUGCAACGUUUAAAUAAAGAUAAAGCUGAUGUUAUUCUCCGUCAUGAAUUUAUUCAAGGAUGUCUUCGAGAUGAACUUUUACGUAAAAUUCUUGCACCUAAUACGGCUCUUAUUCCGGGAGGGCAAACAUCUCCUAUCACGACUACCACAAAUGUUCCAAUGAAUACAAUAACAACAACAACAACAACAACAACAAUUAAUGAAACGGGUGCAGCUGUUUAA